AUGAGUAAAAACAAUCUACUUCUAAGUUUGAUUGCUGUAAGAAAUGGCUUUUACUCUGAAGUCAGCAUUGGGAUCACAGCCAAUGCCUUCCAUCUGCUCUUCCACAUCCUCUGGUUCUUUCUCAAGCACAGGCCCAGGCCCACUGACCUGGCCAUUGGGCACCUGGCCCUCAUCCACCUGGUGAUGCUGAUCACUGUGGGGGUCAUAGCUGCAGACCUUUUUGAGUCUCAGGAGUUAUGGGACAACAUCACAUGUAAAGUUGUCAUCUACUCAUACCAGGUGAUGCGGGGCCUCUCCCUGGGCACCACCUGCCUGCUGAGCAUCCUCCAGGCCAUCACCCUCAGCCCCAGGAGCUCCUGUUUGGCAAAGUUCAAGCGCACAGCCUCACAUCACAACCACGGUGGGUUUCUCUUCCUGUGGGUCUUCAAUUUGUCCAUUAGUGCUCAUUUCUUACUCUCCACUGUUGCCACCACCAAUUGUACGUCCCACAGUCUUAUGUUUGUCACUAAAUCCUGCUCUCUUAGGCCCCAGAGAUACCUACCUAGGCUCACAUUUCACAUCUUGGGGAUCUUUAGGGAUGUCUCCCUGCUAGGGCUCAUGGCCGUCUCAAGUGGGUACAUGGUGACUCUCCUGUGCAGGUACAAGAGGAGGUCCCAGCACCUUCACAGCACCAGCCUCUCUCCAAGAGCCUCCCCAGAGCACAGGGCCACCCAGACCAUCCUGCUGCUCAUGGGUGUCUUUGUGCUCCUGUACUUGAUGGACUGCAUGGUGGCUUCCUUCUCAGGGGUGUGGUGGAAGAGUGACCCAGUGCGCCUGUGUGUCCAGAUGUUGGUGGGCAACGGCUAUGCCACCAUUAGUCCUUUGUUACUAAUCAGUAGUGAAAAACGAAUGAUCACAUUUUCAAAUUCGUGUGGCAUAAGGAGACUAAGUGUUCAAUUGGUCAUUAAAUAA